UGUUAACAUGGACUACAAAGCCGGACUUCUGGUGUUUAUCACCCUUCUGGUUGGAAGCCUUGCAUUUCCAAGGCCUAAGGAUGACAUGUCCAUCUUCUUCCAUCAGAACGCCAAUGGUCGUAUUGUCGGAGGCACUGAGGCGGCAGUCGGCAGUCACCCUCACAUGGUGGUCCUCUCCUCCGGUCUAUUUGUACGAAGCUUCUUCUGCGGAGGUUCUCUGAUAUCCUCACGCACUGUCCUCACCGCAGCUCAUUGUAUUGGCACCGUCUACCUUCCGAUUUCUGGUACUCUGUAUAGGUCUCUACGUGUAACUGUUGGCACCAACCGCCAUGACUCUGGUGGAACCACAUACAAGGUUGCCCGCCAUGUCUCCCACCACGAUUACGACUUCUUGACCCUCAAGAAUGAUAUUGGAGUCCUCAUCACCGAUACAGAAGUGGCUUUCAACAGUUUGGUACAGCCUGUACCGAUCACUUACGACUACAUUGAUGGUGGAGUGCCAGCUAUAGUGGCUGGAUGGGGCAGAAUUUAUCAAGGUGGUCCUGCCUCUGAUGAGCUGUUGGAACUGAAGACCACUACUAUUGAUAGUAAGGACUGUGUGGAACGCGUGAUUCAAGCCGAUAUCGAAUGGGAGUACCAAAUGUAUACGGAUCCUCGUGUAGAGGUCUGCACUCUACAUAGUCCUGGAUUUGGCGCUUGUAAUGGCGACUCCGGCAGUGCUCUGCGUCGUAUUGAAGAUGGCCAGCAGUUCGGUAUCGUAUCAUGGGGCUUCUCAUGCGCCGUCGGUGCUCCUGAUAUGUUCGUCAGAAUCAGCGCUUACGAGAGCUGGUUGAAAUCCGUGAUCGUUUAAAAACCAUCAAUAGUAAAGUUUCAAGACUUUCAACUGACCAACAAUUAAUGCUUUGUCCAUGGUAACAUUGUAAUAAAUUAACU